AUGGGCAAGAAAAAGGUUCUUGUUGGCUACGGAGUAGACAUUGAUGCUGUUGCCGGUUGGCUUGGCUCUUACGGGGGUGAAGAUAGCACCAGCGACAUUAGCAGAGGAAUCUGGGCUGGCACGAUCGGAACCCGUCGUCUCCUUAAGCUAUUUGAUAAGUAUGGCAUCAAGGCAUCGUGGUUCAUACCAGGCCACUCGCUUGAGACGUUUCCAGAAGAAUGUGCCAUGGUGAGAGACGCUGGGCAUGAGAUUGGUCUCCAUGGAUAUUCUCAUGAGAACCCGGUCGAUAUGACGCUCGAGCAGCAGCGAGAUGUCCUGGAUAAGACGUACAGACUUCUCACUGAGUUCUGUGGUAAGCCGCCGAGAGGUAGUGUAGCGCCUUGGUGGGAGACAAGCAAAGAAGGGACAGAGUUGAUGCUCUCUUAUGGUAUUGAGUACGAUCAUUCCAUGUCCCAUGAAGAUUGCCAGAUGUACUGGUUACGCACGGGAGACUCGUGGACCAAGGCCGAAGAGUGGAUGAAGCCUCUAGUUAAGGGGCAACCAACAGGGAUGGUAGAAAUCCCAGGCUCGUGGUACAUUGACGAUCUUCCUCCUAUGAUGUUUAUGAAAAACUCUGCCAAUUCCCACGGCUGGGUAAAUCCAAGGGAUGUUGAGGAUAUAUGGCGAGACCAUUUCGAUUAUUUCUACCGCGAGUAUGACGAAUUUAUCUUCCCGAUGACGAUCCAUCCCGAUGUAUCAGGUCGGCCACACGUUCUCUUAAUGCACGAAAGACUGAUUGAACACAUCAAUAAGCAUGAGGGAGUAGAGUGGAUGACAUUUGCCGAGAUGUGCGACUACUUCAAAAGUAAGAAUAAACCACCCGAGGGAGCUAUGAUGCCAGCUCCUCCGGGAGAUAUUCUCGAGAAGCCGAAAGCAUAA